ACUGUGGAUGGCCUCCCGGACCCUCCUGGAGCUCCAGUCCUCCAACCAGAGCCAGCUCUCCCCUCCCAAUGCCACAUCCUGUGACCAUGCUCCAGAAGCCUGGGACCUGCUGCACAGACUAUUACCAGCAUUUAUCAUCACCAUCUGCUUCUUCGGCCUCCUGGGAAAUCUUUUCGUCCUGUCUGUCUUCCUCCUGCCCUGGCGGCGACUGAACGUGGCAGAAAUCUAUCUGGCCAACCUGGCAGCUUCUGAUCUGGUGUUUGUCUUGGGCUUGCCCUUCUGGGCAGAGAACAUCUGGAACCAAUUCAACUGGCCUUUCGGAGCCCUCCUCUGCCGCAUCGUCAAUGGGGUCAUCAAGGCUAAUUUGUUCAUCAGCAUCUUCCUGGUAGUGGCUAUCAGCCAGGACCGCUACUGUGCACUGGUGCAUCCCAUGGCCAGCCGAAGGCAGCGGCAGCGAAGGCAGGCCCAGGCCACCUGCGUGCUCAUCUGGGUCGUGGGGGGCCUCUUGAGUACCCCCACGUUCCUGCUGCGAUCCGUCAAAGUCCUCCCAGAUCUGAACAUCUCUGCCUGCAUCCUGCUGUUCCCGCAUGAGGCCUGGCACUUUGCAAGGAUGGUGGAGUUAAACGUUCUGGGUUUCCUCCUCCCGCUAGCUGCGAUCAUCUUCUUCAACUACCACAUCCUGGCCUCCCUGAGAGGGCGGGGAGAGGUCAGCAGGACACGGUGUGGGGGCCCAAAGGAGGGCAAAACCACGGUACUGAUCCUCAUGCUCGUGGCCACCUUCCUGGUCUGCUGGGCUCCCUACCACUUCUUUGCCUUCCUGGAAUUCCUCCUACAGGUACGAGCCAUCGGAGGCUGCUUCUGGGAGGAUUUCACUGACUUGGGCCUGCAGUUAGCCAACUUCUUUGCUUUCAUCAACAGCUGCCUGAAUCCAGUGAUCUAUGUCUUUGUGGGCCGGCUCUUCAGGACCAAGGUCUGGGAACUUUAUAAACAAUGCACUCCUAGAAGUCUUGCCCCAAAGUCCUCGUCCCCUAGGAAAGAAAUCCUCCAGCUUUUCUGGAGGAAUUAAAACAGCCGUGAAC